AUGGAGAGCGAGCGCGACAUGUACCGCCAGUUCCAGGACUGGUGCCUCAGGACUUACGGGGACUCAGGCAAGACCAAGACGGUGACCCGUAAGAAAUACGAGCGGAUCGUCCAGCUCCUCAACGGCUCCGAGUCGAGCUCCACGGACAACGCCAAAUUUAAAUUCUGGGUCAAAUCGAAGGGCUUCCAGCUGGGCCAGCCGGACGAGGUCCGCGCGGGAGGCGGCGGAGCCAAGCAGGUGCUCUACGUGCCGGUCAAGACCACGGAUGGCGUGGGGGUAGAUGAGAAGCUGUCUUUACGGAGGGUAGCUGUGGUUGAAGAUUUCUUUGACAUUAUCUAUUCGAUGCAUGUGGAAACUGGGCCAAAUGGAGAACAAAUUCGGAAGCAUGCUGGACAGAAGAGAACUUACAAAGCAAUUUCAGAGAGCUAUGCCUUCCUACCAAGAGAAGCGGUGACACGGUUUCUAAUGAGCUGCUCAGAGUGCCAGAAAAGAAUGCAUUUAAACCCAGAUGGAACAGAUCAUAAAGAUAAUGGAAAGCCUCCUACUUUGGUGACCAGCAUGAUUGACUACAACAUGCCAAUUACUAUGGCCUAUAUGAAGCACAUGAAGCUGCAGCUGCUAAACUCACAGCAAGAUGAGGAUGAAAGUUCAAUAGAAAGUGAUGAAUUUGAUAUGAGUGACUCGACUCGGAUGUCAGCUGUGAACUCUGAUCUUAGCUCCAAUCUCGAGGAAAGGAUGCAAAGUCCCCAGGCUCUUCAUGGCCAACAAGAUGAUGAUUCUGCUGCAGAGAGCUUUAAUGGCAAUGAGACUCUGGGGCCCAGUUCCAUUGCUUCAGGGGGAACGCACAGCAGGGAGAUGGGAGACUCCAACAGUGAUGGCAAAACUGGGCUGGAGCAGGAUGAGCAGCCACUGAACCUGAGUGACAGUCCCCUUUCUGCACAGUUGACUUCGGAAUACAGAAUAGAUGAUCCCAGCAGUAAUGGAAAAAAUAAAUACAAGAAUCUUCUAAUUUCAGACCUCAAGAUGGAACGAGAGGCAAGAGAAAAUGGAAGCAAGUCUCCUGCUCACAGUUACUCAAGCUAUGACUCUGGCAAAAAUGAGAGUGUAGACCGAGGUGCCGAGGACCUGUCCCUGAACAGGGGAGAUGAGGAUGAAGAUGACCACGAUGAUCAUGACGAUUCUGAGAAAGUGAACGAGACAGAUGGUGUGGAAGCCGAGCGGCUGAAAGCUUUCAAUAUGUUUGUCAGGCUGUUUGUAGAUGAAAACUUGGACCGAAUGGUCCCAAUCUCUAAGCAGCCCAAAGAAAAGAUCCAGGCUAUCAUUGACUCAUGCAGGCGACAGUUCCCUGAGUACCAAGAGCGUGCCAGAAAACGUAUACGGACUUACCUCAAGUCCUGCAGGCGGAUGAAAAGAAGUGGUUUUGAGAUGUCUCGACCUAUUCCUUCCCACCUUACUUCAGCAGUUGCAGAGAGUAUCUUGGCUUCAGCCUGUGAGAGUGAGAGCAGAAAUGCUGCCAAGAGGAUGCGUCUGGAUAGACAACAGGAUGAGUCUGCUGCAGCCGACAAACAGUGUAAACCUGAAGCAGCCCAGGCCACUUACUCGACAUCAGCUGCUCCAGGCUCACAGGAGGUGUUGUACAUCAAUGGCAACGGGACCUACAGUUACCAUAGUUACAGAGGGCUAGGAGGGGGACUGCUUAAUCUAAAUGAUGCUUCCAGUAGUGGACCUACGGAUCUCAGCAUGAAGAGGCAGUUGGCAACCAGCUCAGGAUCCUCCAACAGUUCAAGCUCCAGACCCCAGCUGAGUCCCACUGAGAUCAACGCCGUGAGACAGCUUGUGGCAGGCUAUCGAGAAUCAGCUGCAUUUUUACUGCGCUCUGCAGAUGAACUGGAAAAUCUCAUUUUACAACAGAACUGA